CACUUGUUCAUCGAGGUGGACAAUAUGACUGGUGUGAAAAUUCACGAACCAACCCAGCACUAUACGUUGAUUUUCAACACUCUGGUCUUGAUGACCCUAUUCAAUGAGUUCAAUGCACGAAAAAUCCACGGACAGCGAAACGUGUUCAGUGGCUUGCAACGAAACUGGCUGUUUGUGGUUAUCUGGUUUGUCACUUUCAUCCUUCAAGUGCUCCUCAUUCAAUUUGGAUCGUACGCGUUUAGUACCGCUCCUUUGACUGCAGACCAAUGGAUGUGGUGUUUGUUCUUUGGUGUGGGUGAGCUGAUCUGGGGUCAGGUAAUUAUUGCCGCAACCAUUGUCAUCAAUACCAUACCGAAUGCAAUUAUUCCUACGUGCAAGUGUAGGAAACGCAAAUCGGCGGAGGCAGCCGCACCAGAUGAGGAAGCGGAGGACGACGAGGAAGAUGAAGAAGAGGAACACGAAGUCGAUCAAGUUGGGCGCCUGCCUGCGCCCGCUGAUUUAGGCGGCAAAAUCUUAUGGGUGAGAGGUGUGAACCGGAUCCAGACUCAGGUGCGUCAAUUGUCUAAUCUUUUCACGGUUACUUCGUCUGCUUUUUCCCCACUCAUGUUUGUCCAUUUUCGAACCCUUGAUUGUGUGCCAGCUGGGGAGAAUGUACUUUCUUUAAAUUGA